AUGUCGAACCUGUUUCACUUCCGGAUAAUUCGAUUCGGUGUUCUGCAUGCAUGCACAAUACAAUCCGUUGUCUGGCAAUAUCAUGGUGCCGCAUCGGUUCACCAACUGUCGGAAUCCGACUUCAACGGACUUGUUACCAUUUUAACACCUGCCGCGUUGAAACCGAAUCGUGCUCAAAACGAUAUGGGAUUCUCAACCGAAACAAUGAAAGUGGAAAUUACAAACAUAGUACGUAAUCAAUCGUAG